AUGCUGCUGCUGUUGGAGUUUGUCGUGGCCCGUUUCGAUCAGACAAACAAUCCGUACUAUACAAACUUUGGCAGCGACUCGACGAUAUGCCCAGAGGAUGGGCAAUGCUUGGACGGCACUUUCAAUUUCCUUUGUGCCGACGAUUCGAUGAAGCAAUCGCCCGAUUGCAAACGCUUUGUGCCCAUUCCGGUCUCACUACGCACCGUAUCGCGUAUGGUGAACGUGCACAAUGGUCUGCGUAAUAAAAUGGCGCACGGACUGCGCUUGAGCAACAUGAAUUUGGUCUAUUGGAAUAUCCAUCUGCAGCGCAUGGCCGAGGCGUAUUUGUAUUUGUGUCGUCCCUAUAAGGAUACCUGCUUGGUGAUUGGCUAUAGUGGCAUUGCCGUUGGCCAAAACACCAUCUAUGUGCCCAAGCGUAAAAUGGAGGUGCUCAAGGAGUGGGAGGGACGUGCUGUGCGGCAUUGGUACCUCGAGCUGGGCAGCAGCAUCAGCUCGCCAGACGAAUUAAUGGGCCAGAAGGAUUGGGCUAAACUCGAGAAUUUCACACAACUUUUUUGGCCCAAAUUGCAGUUCAUUGGCUGCGGUGCGGCCAUCAUGUUCGAUGGUUUCUUCGUUGUUUGCUAUUAUUAUCCGUCGGCGCAAAAUGAAAGCAUCACCCAGGCGUUCACGUAUCUCGGGCCCAACGAGAUCUGCGUCUGUCCCGAGGAGCGUGUCAUGUGCUCGCUGCUCUUCACCAGUCUCUGUGGCAUAGACUUGGAGUUUUACAACGGUAUUGGUGAAAUUAGCAUGGACAUUCACCAAUUCACACCAAUACUGUUCAACAUAUACCAGUAA